AUUUGUGUCACAAAUGGUAUAAACUUUACAAACAAUUGAUUCAUACAUUCAGUGAUCGUUCACUCAAUUGUGACUCCGAGUGACCACCGAUUGCAUGAUAACUGAAGACAUCAGUGGUGACAGUGAUAGUGGUGUGCAAUAGUGACUGUGGUGUACACUCCAUGUGUGGACCCAUUGUGUGAUAACUGCCGAAGACUAUACCCAAUGGUGUUUCGUCUGCUUCCACGUCGACUCCGACUCUUAGGCGUCCGGAGGAUAUCGACACCGGUUUUGGCCAUCAUUUUGGUGGUCGUUGUGAUUGUCGUCCUAAUCAGUGUCUUGCCAUCACAUGACAUACAUUCCUCGUCAGCGGACACUCGCGACAGCCGCGGAUCCGCUCAGAGUUGGCGUCAGAGCCCUGUCGGCGCCAAUGAUGGCGAACAAGUGGUCAGACCUGAUGUGAAGGAAGUGUCCAAUAAUUUGCCACAAUUUAGGGAUCAAAUGCUCGGCAACUUCGAGGACGCGGUGGUGGGCGGGGACGCCCACCCGAGCGGUGGUGGGCCCCGACCGGGAGAUAAUGGGCACAAGUAUCUGCUCGAAGGGGAGGGCAUCGACUGGAAUGAGGUGAACGCCAAGAAGAACGAGUACGGCAUGAAUAUCGUGGCCUCCGAUCACAUACCGAUGGACAGGUCGGUGCCGGACCUGAGGCACGACGAGUGCAAG